UUUAAUUUGGUGAAUAUUCGGCAGGACUCCCUCUCAUUUCUUUCCAACGACUUCAAAAGGACGUACAACAAAAAGUCGUCCAAAGAAACUGCAGAAGAUUUAGAAACAGUUAAAACAUGCGAUUAAAACAUUAUUUUGUAAUCGACGGAUAGAGUUAGGCAGCUGGGAAGAGCCGGUGAGUAUUUCCAUUCAGGAAUCACCAGAGUCUCUUCAGUGGAAGCGCGUGUCCGAGCGCGGGAGACGCACAGAGCGCGUUGCCGGUCACAUCCGCGUCCGUCAGAACCGCACCUGAUCUGAGGCAGCACACUAACAUAAAGGUCCUGUGAGCUCAUAAGGCUGUAGACACCCAGAUCUAAAUCUUCUCUAAAGGAUGAAGAUCAGAGAUCUGAGAAUAUAUAAUCUUGUCCUGUAUAAGUAAAAGGAUCUUGUUCAGAUGAUUUGAACCAGGAUGGCCAAGCCAUUCUACAGACUACAGCACUUUUUAAGGCGGGCUCAGCUGCUUCUGUUUUUUCUGGGUGUGGCUUACAUCAUGGCGGGAAGCGUGUUACUGCUUCAGCGCUCCAGUGUGGUAACGUUUCAGAGAGAAACAGAUACCGCGGCGCUACCUUCCCUACCAGCGCCACUUAGAUCCCUGGAGGUACCUGCUGCCAGGUGGUUGUACAGAAGGAAUGUCAUUCAAGAGAUGAAGAACCAACCUUUUGAUCAGAAAGACAACAGAAAGAACCAAAAGCACCUCAUAUCUCGUAACCUGGAGAUCAGGCAUUUGAGACACCACUGGUUCCAUGGUAACCCUGAACAGAAAAGCUCUUCUGAACAUACUCUCUCACACAAGAAAACCAGACAUAAAGGGACCUACAUUGGAUGCUUUAUAAACAAUGAAACUGAGCAUGCACUCGGCGGGACCAUUCUUUACGACUUCCGAAAAAUGACCAGCGCCUUGUGUCAGGACACCUGCUCUGAGAGUGGGUUCCGGUAUGCCGGGCUGGAGUAUGGAGCGGAGUGCCAUUGUGGAAAUCGGGUCUGUGCCCAGCGAGCUCGGGCUGAGGACUGUAAUCUGGACUGUCGUGGAGAGAAGGGUUCCCUUUGUGGAGGGGUGGGACGCAUGUCUGUUUACAGAGUUGAGGAUCGACUUCCAGGACAGAAGAGAUACAGAACUGUGCACUACCACGGCUGUUACAAGAAGCCAAAGAAUUCUUCUGCUGACUUCCUGAUCCAGACCUCUGGCCCGACGCACACUUCUCAGCAGUGUAUUGAGACCUGUACAGAUCAGGACCUGCCAUUGGCUCUUUUGAGAGGGCAAGACUGUUUCUGCAGCCAUGUCCCAUUUUUCUUCACAAUCCAGUUGAGUGAACAGGAAUACAUGUGUGUGAGAGGCAACCAAACAAAUCAAACCUCUUCUUAUGACCUGGACUACUACUGGGUGUACAGUACUCCUGUCCUAGAUGCAACAUGCAAAGAAAGGACAUUCCUGCACCAGAGGUCCAGCACUCUUGUGGCCCUGUCCAGCUUUCCAGGGGCAGGAAACACCUGGUUACGUCACCUAAUUGAACUUGCCACUGGAUUCUACACAGGCAGCUAUUACUUUGAUGGAUCUCUGUACAACAAAGGUUUUAAAGGAGAGAAGGAUUACUGGCAGAGCGGGAGAGUCAUCUGCGUCAAGACUCACGAAAGUGGCCAGCGAGAGAUUGAAAUGUUCGACUCAGCCAUCCUGCUGAUGCGAAACCCCUAUCGUUCCCUAAUGGCAGAGUUCAACCGCAAGUGUGCCGGACACCUGGGUUACGCUUCAGAUGUUCACUGGAGGAGCAAAGAGUGGUCCGAGUUUGUGGAUAGCUAUUCGUCCUGGUGGGUGUCUCAUGCUCUGGCCUGGCUGCGGUUUGCCCAUCGCCUCCUGGUGGUACACUUUGAAAAUCUACAGAAAGAUCUAGUCCCCCAGUUAAAGACCAUCACCGCUUUCCUGAACACCAGCAUACCCGAGGAAAGACUUCUGUGUACAGAGAGCAACAGAGAUGGCCAUUUCAAACGCUCUGGAUCUCGUAGCCCAACCUUUGACCCCUUCACCCCUGGGAUGAGAGCUCGUAUAGAUGAAUACAUCCACACGGUAGAUAAAGCCCUCAGAGACAGAAACCUCAAUGGCCUACCGAAGGAGUACAUGCCCAGGUGAGGAUUCGUGAACACAGCUGCUGCCCUCUGCUGGAGGGAGGACACAGAAACACAAAGUGCCUGAGUAAAAACAAAAAAGUUUUUGCUGCCUGUUGUUUUAUUGUGCUUUAUGUUUGUGGUUGCGCUGUCAACAGUUUGAUGGCAUUGUGGAGAUGUGUCUCGUUAGUAUGUUUUAUCAUUAAACAGAUCAAUUCUCAG